AUAACUUUGUGUGGUAUUGAAAUUGUCAACUACAUUUAUAACACUCUGAAAAACUUCCAAACAGUUUCUCUGGGUCCGCGAAACAUUCGCCAACUAUACUUCUAAACUGUGCAAUGAUAACUAUUUUACUUUGUCCCAGAUAAAUAAAAUAUACAGACAUGAAUCUUAUCAUAGAUGUGCAAAACUUGUACGACGAUUCUACUUGGAUGAACGGUGAUAUUAGUUAUAAUAAUUUCUUUUAUCCAAAUAUUUGUCACGUUUGCAAAAGUAAAAAUUAUGGUAUUUUGAUAGAAUGCGAUAAGUGUUACAUGAUUUCUUACUGCAGUGAGAGACAUAAACAGACGCAUUUUAAACAACACGAGCAAUUUUGCACAUAUAUAACAAAAUUCUUAAGAGAGAGCAGUAAAACGGAAUGGGGUAUUCGUCAUUCAGAAACGCCCGAAUGGAUUGAGUCAAGAAGAAUAUUUUUGGAUGUAAUCACGCAAAGGCUACCACGCAGUCUGGAGACGUACGAAAUAGAAAUGAUCAUUUUCGCAAAAUCAUGUCUUAUUUGUCACCAACAAAUUGAUAUACAUCCCUGUAAAAGAUGCUAUUCCGCCAACUUUUGCCUUAUUCAUAUGGAAGAUUUUUUUAUCAAUCACGCAUCAAAAUGUGGAAACUUGAUGUUAUGUCUCAAUCUAGAUAUCCUAAAUAUCAUACCUACAGAUUUUAAACGAUUAAUUAAAUUUCCUAAUAAAUCGAUACUUCCCGAUAACAUGCUUGAAUUUGUUCUCAAAUGUGUGCACUGUCCUUAUAGAAACUUGAAAAAUUAUAACCAAGUUCUUUCAAAAUUCGCAUAUCUCUGUUCCGAUUAUGCAUCAGGACCAUUCACGUUGUUCGAUGGGAUGAUAAAAGCACAGUUAAAUCAUCUUCCAAAUAUGGCAGGAUCUCAAUUUGUUAUUCACGUAAUAUCAGCAACCUCUAUCGAAAAUAAAUAUAUGAAGGCUUGGGAACUUCUCCAUCAUCUUUUAUUUUGGAUAAAGAAGUUAACAGUUGUAUUGAUAGGAGAAGAAUUAAAAACUCAAGAUAUAAAUUUGGAAAGUUGUGACAGCUGCAAGUCCCGAAAUCAGAAGAUCAAAGUUGUGUGUCGUCCUGGAUCUUACCACGGCUACACGACUGAUCCAACGUUUCAACAACCAAAUGUGAUCAUAAUAUUUCAAGCACAUUUUGAUACAACAAGCACAUGGCAAGAACAUAGCUUAUUGACAGCUUAUUCACAUCGUAUAAACUGUUCAUAUAUUUUAACAUCCAUAUCGCAAUCUGUAGCGGAAGAGAAUAUGAAUAAAAUACGAAAGAUUCUAAAUGUAAAUCCUGUAUAUAAUGGACCAAACAAUUUUAGGUCCUUUUAUCCAUACAGACUGUUGCAUAGAGAUUGCGUCGGUUAUCGUAAUUCGCAUGUAACUGUGUAUCGGAAUUUACAUUCUUCAUAAAAACCAUUUUAAACGAUUUGAAGCUCUCUUAUGUGAUUGCCAUAUCACUUGAAUUAUUGUAAAAAAUAUAGACAAUAUAUUACCCUCCUUAUUUAUGAAUAUUUUUAUAAAAUAUAAUCUAUUUUUAUGAAUUAUGGAUAUUUCUAAUAAAGAACUUAUUUAACUGCUC